GCAAAAAUGGCAGAACGGGGCUACAGCUUCUCCCUCACUACUUUCAGCCCUUCAGGUAAACUGGUCCAGAUUGAGUAUGCCCUGGCAGCAGUAGCAGCUGGAGCCCCUUCAGUGGGCAUCAAAGCCUCAAAUGGUGUUGUGCUGGCCACAGAGAAAAAACAGAAAUCCAUCUUGUAUGAUGAGCAAAGUGUUCACAAGGUGGAGCCCAUCACCAAACAUAUAGGCAUGGUCUACAGUGGCAUGGGACCUGAUUACAGGGUUUUAGUGCGUCGAGCCAGGAAGUUGGCCCAACAGUACUUUCUGGUCUACCAGGAACCAAUCCCGACAGGCCAACUUGUCCAGAGGGUAGCGUCUGUAAUGCAGGAGUACACACAGUCAGGGGGAGUGCGUCCAUUUGGGGUGUCAUUGUUGAUAGCUGGAUGGGAUGAAGACCACCCCUACCUGUUCCAGUCAGACCCUUCUGGUGCUUAUUUUGCAUGGAAAGCCACAGCCAUGGGAAAGAACUAUGUUAAUGGAAAAACAUUCCUUGAAAAACGGUACAACAAUGACCUGGAACUGGAGGAUGCCAUUCACACAGCCAUCCUGACAUUAAAGGAGAGUUUCGAGGGCCAGAUGACAGAAGAGAACAUCGAGGUCGGGAUCUGUAAUGAGGCUGGCUUCAGACGACUCACCCCAGCAGAAGUUAAAGACUACCUAGCAGCCAUUGCCUGAAAACACCCUGUUAAUUGACAAAGCUGUCUGGCCGGGUUACAGAUCAUAGACAGAAGCGCAGUAGCCAAUAUUUGCAUGACACACCACUGGGUUAGAACAGAGCUGUUGAUGUAGAGUUUGACUGGGUGCCACUAUAGUUGUCAAUUUGCUACCUCGUCUCAAGAGCUAAAAGUAGAACAUAUAUGUGACAAUAUCUUGUGUAACAAAACCAUGGCCAACAAGGUAAAACAAACAUGGUUUCCACCCCAAAGUACAAUUCAUAAAUUUCAGUUGAAUAACGCCAUCAAAGGCUGUGGGAUAGAGUGAUGUGUCAAUGACAAACUGGCUUUGGUGUCAAACAGCAAUGUUAAAUCUCACCCGGCUGCAGUGGAAAUGUAUUAAUAGGUGAACCCUGAUGCAGGUAAAAUCUGAAGUCUUUCAUUGGAUCCCUCUGUUACAUAGCCUUUGUAAAAUCAAGUGGGAUCUUGAAAUCUGCGCCUAUGUAAAAGGAAAAUGUGCAACAACUGAUCAUCAAUUUCAAAACGCAGCCCUUGCCCAUUCAGAUAAGUCUUCUCUGGGCUGUAUGUAAACUGAGGGGAAAGCUACUGAAAUUUUAUUUUGAAAGAAAUUGGCUGACAUCGAAUAUUUAAGUAAAACAGAUAUUUGGUUUCAUCAUAAUUUUGGCUUGUUUUUUUCUAAUGGGAUAGAAUUGAGGUUGUUCCCUCGCACCCUAUCAUUGCCUUUCACAAAAAAAAGAGAAUGUUUCACACGGAUUCAAACAGAGAGUCACCAAAGACAGACUUGAGAUUUUAAUAUGUUGAUUAGUUUACCUGCGCUGUGGCUUUACAUAAUGUGCUUGGAGGAUUUUUUUUCAAUGGAACGUUUCUUUACCUGCAUUCUACUCUGCCCGUUGACUACUUCAAAUAAAUGUAUUGA